UCGCACAAGCUGUCACCAGUGAUCCUAGACGGAACUCAAGUCAGCCAGACGGCGCUCAGCUCGUUCCCGGAUGCGAAACAUGGCAAUGUAACUUGGCAAACACUUCUCUCCAAGCCGAGCACCUGCUCGGACUCGAUGUGCGCGGGGAUCGCGACUUGUCCCCCCAACGGGACACUCGCUCUACACCAGCAUUCUCAGGCAGAGAUAUACUACGUGCUUGCGGGGUCUGGGGAAGUUGAGAUCGACGGGGUCAGGCACCAUGUGACGGAGGGUAGCGUGCUUUGGAUUCCCGGGGAUGCGAUGCACGGUGCCUUCUGCGGGCCCAACGAGACACUCAAAUGGCUGUAUGUCUUUCCAGAAGCAAGUUUCGAAGAUAUCAUUUACAGGUUCAAAACUGCAUAG